AUAAGCAGUAAUCACAAAUUUCUGAAUAAAUUAUUAAUUUUAGAUUAGAUAUUUUGAAUACAUAUCUAUGAUUAUUUAAUAUUUAGCGUUAAUUUGUGUUCCAUAAUAAUGUUUGUGUUUAGGAUUGAAUUCGUUAAAAUACUAAAAUUCCAACAAAUUUGUUCAUGACUCGGCGCGAAAAUUUGGAAUGUUCAUUAUUUAAACAUUUUCAAGGAAAUUAAUAAUUGUGUUCAUGAUUAAGUUAAGCAUCGUGAUUGUAACGAUUGUUGCGUUAAACAAAAUAUAACAAUAUCGUGUACACGUAACAAAACUUAACUAUCUGACUAAAUAAAUCUAUAAGCCACUUCAGAUUUGCUUUCAGCGAUAGAGUUAUGAAUAUUUCUAAAUGAAAGAUAUAAAACAAAGUUGAUCUGAUGUACACAGUAAAGCAGUUACGUGUCAUACUUGCUAAUGUUAAGUUUUUAUUAUAAUAAAAAUAAAAUUGACAGCUAAGUGUCACAAUCUCUUCAGCAUGAGCAUAGAGAUUCAUCCAUUAACAGCUAAUCCUACAGCAGCUUGGCGUGAACUAUCACAACAUCAAAAAGUUAUUAAAAUAAAUGCCAAACUCCCAACGACCGAAGCACCAAAUGAUAAGCUUCGGGUCGUUUGUAUGAGUGAUACUCAUUCAUUAACCCCAUUUAUCAAAUUUGAUAUACCUAUGGGAGAUGUCUUUAUUCAUGCUGGAGAUUUUACAAAAUGCGGUAGCUUACAAGAAGUUAUAGAAUUUAAUAAUUGGAUUGGUACUUUGCCACAUAAGAACAAAAUUGUUAUUGCCGGCAAUCAUGAACUUAGCUUUGAUCCCACAUUUACUAAUCCUUUUUCAUUACAUACCAGUGGGGAUCGUCAAAAACACACAGGGACCAGCAUUCUUGACAAUAUACCCACAUUGGGAAUGUCUAAAGAUACUCUUGCAGAAGCAAUACAGACCGCUAAUGUUAAAGAUUAUUUGACAAAUUGUACCUAUUUAGAGGAUUCUGAAAUUAUUAUAAAUGGAAUAAAGAUAUAUGGUACACCAUGGCAACCAGAAUUUUGUAAAUGGGCGUUUAAUGUACCUCGCGGAGAAGCAUGCCUUUCAAAAUGGGAGAUGAUACCAUCAGAUACAGAUAUCCUUAUAACACACACACCUCCUGUAGGACAUGGAGACAUGUGUUGCAGUGGUGUACGAGCUGGAUGUGUAGAGUUACUUUCUACUGUCCAAAAUCGAGUGAAGCCAAAAUAUCAUGUUUUUGGUCAUAUACACGAGGGAUAUGGUAUCUCGUCUGAUGGGAAAAUAAUAUACAUAAAUGCAUCGACAUGUGAUUUAAAUUAUUUACCAAGUAAUCCACCUGUAGUCUUUGAUAUAACAUUACCGCCUGAUCAUUGUAAAUUAUAAAAAGAAACGUAAGGAAUAUAGCGAUAAGUUUUCUAACUAUACUUCUUAUAUACAUAAUAUUGAAAUACAGGCAGUUUUAAGUUAUUUAUUUGUAUACUUUUAUGAAUUUCUACAAAUCAGAUACUGUUUUAUAAUAGGUACAAGUUUAUUCAAACGAGACAAGAUUAUAAUGCGAAGAUAAAAAAAUGAUUUUCAAAUAAUAUCGAUUUACGAUAAAGUGUUAGAAAAGCGUCGAAAUUAAAUUUUUGUCAGAUCUUUUUUCUGCUUUACAAAUGUAGAAAUGUUAUAGUCAUUGUAGUAUUAUUAUUUAUACAAAAUAGCAUGUAAAUAGAAAGUUUUUGUACCUAAAUACAAUUUCCGUUCAUAUCAUCUCAAAAAAUUAUUUCACAAGAGUGUUUAAACAAAUUAUAGGAAUCCCGUGUACCGUGUACUUCAUAAUAUCGUAUAAUAGUUACACAGUUCUAGUCUUAUUCAAAUGCUGCACAUAAUACUAUAAAUUAAAUUGUAGAUUAAGAUACACAUUUGAAUUAUGUUAAAUAAUGUGUAUAAGGUCUUAAUUCUAUUGUAACAAAAUAUUUCCAUCGCAGUCAAGAAACAUGGAAUUUGAAGUAUUUAGAUAAUUUUUUUACAACAGACCUGUUUAUACUUUUUUUUUUUUUUUAAAUUACAAUAAACAUUAGUUGUUAGUCAUACAGUUUAAUAGAAUACAAUAGUUUCUGAGUAUUAUGAUGCAACAUAUAGACUAUAGGUCGAUAUGUUGUAGUUAUUAAUUAAAAUUAAACAAGCAUGUAAACUUCAUACUUGAAGUAACUAUACUUGUUUUGUUUCAAUUACGUUUCAUAUACAAUAAAAGUUUUAAAGAAACAAUUUCUUAACAAUUAAUUAUUAGAUAAUAAAUUGUAAUUAUAGCAUUUAAAUUAACGCUAUCAAUAGUAAAUUAAUCGUGUAUAUAAGUUUUUCAUCAUAGUAAUAAAAAAUUUAAAUUAUAUAAUUCAGAGAGAUGUUUAUUAUAAUACCAAAUGUAUUAACAGGUGGCAUUUUUUAUCGAAUUAAGAUAAAUUUACAUGUAAAGAGUGCUGUGUUUGUAUUGACUUACAUUUUCAUGCUAUAUUGGUCCAAAGCUAAAUCAGUGAAUGACGGUGAGGUCAUGUUCCUUCGUUAUAUGAGGAUCUAUAAUUGUUUUGAUCAAUUAUAGUUAUGUUCAUAUAAAUAGCGGCCUUUCUUCAAAAUUGCAAUAGUAAAACAUGAAAAAAAUAUAAUGUCUCUUUGACAUUAUUUUUCCAUUGUAUACAAUGUAAUAAACAGUAUCGUAUUAGAAUAGUAAAAAGCUAAUUUUUUCGACGCUUUGUAUUACCACUUGAAAAAUGUUUACGUCUGUUGGAAAUUUUCAUAUUUGACUGCAAAAAAAAAAUGAGAUAUCCUUCUAAUAGCGCGAUUAAAUCGCAUUAAUGCCUCAAUUGCAAUACUUUUUAUCCCCAGUUAUGUACAACUGCCAGGAUAACUGUAGUAGCAUUUUAUAUCGGAGUAACAGAUGUUUCUCUAACAUCUUACACACAAUUUAAGUUAAACAAUGUAAUAACGAUAUUCUAAACAAGGCAAUAAUGCAUUCUGCAUUCUGUAGCAGCCUAGCAACAAUUUAAUUACUUUCAAAGAAUUUCACUCUGAAGCUGAUUGAUUGCAUCUAUUAGUAAUUAACUUAUUUUUUUUUUCUUUUUUAAAAUGGA